GUACCUGGCGCUGAGCUCCGGCGCACCCUCGCCUUUGGUGUCUUUGUUACUCUCCGCGCUCGUGCUCUCCUGCCUACCGGCCCUUGGCACGUACGUGGGGGCCCUCGCCUGCGAUCGCGUGGAGGGCUUCAAGGCGGGCAUGCAUGCCGCGGCGCUGCGCGUGGCCUGCGGCUUCGCGGCGCUGGCGGCGCUGUGCGGCCCACUGAACAGUGCCUCCGAGAGCUUCGCGCUGCGGCUGUGCCUGCUGGCCUGCUGGCUCUUCAGCGCAGGCGCCCUGCUCCCCAUCUCCGCUGGGGUGCUGAUGACCUCAAUGCCCUCGUACUUGCGCUCCUUCUCGUCGGCCUCCACGGUCUUGGUCUUGCACCUGCUCAGCUUCGCCGUGAUCCCGGCCAUAGCUGCCAUGCUCAUGGGAUUCUUCAUCCGACCAGAAAAGGGCUUGAGCUUCGGCGUGGGCCUGGUCCUGUGGGCCACGACCCCCGCGGCGCUCCUGCUCCUGUUCGCGUACGCGCGAGAGCCCAAGGGCUCCGGUCCCGUUGGCAGCCUGUCGGGCGUGGAUGACCUGACCUUCACGGACAUCAGCUAUGAGCUGGCGCGGAGGCGCAUGAGCACUGCGCCCCUGUAGUGCAGGAUUGCUCGCCGGAGGCCUUCGGAUCGGUGGCUUUCCCGCGGUUGACUGUGCACAUGCUUGAGCC